AUGUCCAAAAGAUUUAGCCGCUCGCCCGAUCCAAGAAACGACCUCUUCUCCUCGUAUAACCGCUCCACAUCACCGUCCAAAACCAAGAACAAGGGAGCGCGGUCGCCGUACGGCGCAUCGCCAGCCGGGUACGGAUACUCGCCGUCUGGCUCAGCAGACCACCUUGCGCUGAACGGGGGAUCAGCCUUCAGCGCAUAUCCCGGGAAUGCUGCGUCAAUAGGAGGAGGAGGGGUGGGCCCCGCGGCGGGGAACAGCAACGGGGUUGGGUACAGAUCUGCCACGCCGAAUUCGAGAGGCCAAUACAGCGCGCAGGCCAUGGAGGAGUUGGAGAGCCAGAAUGAAGAGCAGUUUGGCGUGUUGACGGGCAAGGUCAAGAUGUUGAAGGAUGUGAGUUUUUUUGUUUCCUUUUUGUCACCUACCCCCUCGAGGACAGAACAGAACAGAACAAGAAUAUAUACACGAUCCCACUAUAUCAUGUAUCCCUACCAAUCCCAUCCUACUCUCAUACAACACACGUACACAGAGAGAGAGACUCUCCUAGAGAGAUCUAAAAAGAACUACAUCACUCCACCGCUCCCCGAAACAAAACAAAAAGAAGAAAGAAACAAAGAAACUGACUUGUUCCCCAACCCCCCUCACAGCUCACAGUAG